AUGAUUGCUAACAAGUAUUACGAAUACGACAUAGAGAACGCUUUUGCGAUGAAUCGCUUCUUCUCUCGCAUAAUAGGCAUAUGGCCAUUCGCGCGCACGAAUUCCAUUCAUCUGGAGCUGAUAGAGACAGUUACGUUGGCCUUUGUGUGUAUCGCUUUUAUCAUGUGCGAGACGAUCCCGAUUGUGCUCUAUAUGUUCGUCAUACUGACUGACGUUCGAUUGAGGCUGAAAGUAAUGAGUUGCUUGGUAUACUCAAUAAUAGGCCUAAUCAAAUACAGUUACGUGUUGCUUCACAAGAAUCAAGUACGAAACUGUCUAAUUCUGAUUGAUGAAGACUGGCGAGACGUCGUCAAUCCAAGCGUUCGCAUCUCGAUGAUCGAUAAAGUCAGAAUUGGAAAACGUCUGACUGUGACGUGCGCGCUAUUUGUAUAUCUGUUCUGUCUGGUUUUCCGAAUGAUCAUGCCAUUAGCAAUCGGGAAGGUCGUUACUCCUCAAAAUAUCACAAUCAGAACAUUGCCAUGCCCGGCCGAUCCGAUUAUAUUUGACGUGCAGCGUAGUCCCACUUACGAAAUCAUGUUAUUCAUAGAAUUUAUUGGGGGAUUUAUAAAGUACACGAUUACGGUGGCAACCUUUGGUUUCGUGACCAUUUGCGCGAUGCACUUUUGCGUGCAGUCGGAAAUACUCGUGACGUUAAUGAAUGAUUUCGUGAAUGAAAGUCGACCGGAGUACUUGAAUAAGAAGUUGGCCACUGUCGUAGAGCAUCAAAUUAAAAUAAGGAA